AAGUGCGUUGACUAAAUGCAAAGCUUCUCCUCAGUUAUGGUAGGGGGGCUGCUCGCCUCAGUGUAGUGGCUCCCUGAGCUCGGGAUAUUGGAUGCAACGGACCGCUUCUUUGCUGUCAAUUUGGAACGGUACCGCUUCGAUCCUGGCCAGCGGCCAGACUGGAAAAGAAAAGGCGGGGGCGGAAUAGAUUUUGUUUAGCGCUUAAGCGAUAAAGAUAAUCUUAUCGUAGUCGGCAAACUACUUCGAAAGGCUUGUACCAUGUAGAGAUUCAAGAUAAAGACAGGUUUAGAUGAUGAAAAUCUCGUACCUGGAUAUUGUACUAUUGUUGUGAAGAAAGCGGCAUACGUCGGGGAAGUUUUCUUUUCAAGGAAGAGGUUUAUAUAAUUGGUUAUCCGCAGUAGAUUAGUCUUUAUACAUGUAAGUCACGUUUAGUAUGAGUGAUUUGGUUAAAAGUGGUUCGGGAGCAGCCAAUGAAAAGGCAGUGGGCACCGUUACUUUGAUUCAAAUUGAAGAAAGUAGUGGUGGUCUUGUUAAAAGAUUCAGUUUAUGGAAUACCGUUGCGUUGCAAGUAUCUCUUAUUUGUUCGCCAAUUGCUCUAGGGACUUUUUUAUCUACGGUGGUUGGAAUUGGAGGGUCUCCUGGGUUGUUGUAUGGAUUUAUUCUUGCAGUGUCACUUGAUUUGGUGAUCUGCUUCUCGUUGGCAGAACUAGCUUCAAGAUGGCCCAAUUCUGCUGCCCAAGUUCACUGGACCAACGUUUUGGCCCCCACUAAGUACCGUCGAGGAUUAUCUUUCACCACCGGGGUGCUUUCUUGUGCUGCUUGGAUAUUUGCGUGUUUCACGACUUGCUAUACCUUAUCUAUGUUUGUUAUUUCACUAAUUGAACUUCAUAAUUCAGGUUAUAUUGCACAGGAUUGGCAUUAUUACUUGAUCUAUGCCGCUUUCGUAUUAACUGCUUGUGCAGUUAAUGCUUUUGCAGUUAAUUGUUUGCCGGUCCUCACUUAUGUUUCUGCUGCAAUCAUUAACGCCGGGACCCUUUACAUUCUCAUAACUUUACUUGUACGGACUCCGAACAAGCAGUCGAAUCAGGUGGUCUGGAAGGACUUCAUAAAUGAAUCCGGAUGGUCUUCUAACGGGGUGGCCUUUUUCCUUGGAUUGCUUCCUUCAAUCUCCUGUGUAACGUUAUUUGAAGGUCCUUCUCAUCAAACGGACGAGAUUCCGGAUCCAAGCAGAAAUGUUCCUUUGGUCAUGACCAUUGCUAAUUCUUUUCUGGCUAUUUUUGCAUUUAUUUCAGGCAUUAUUUAUAUGUACUGUGUUUCAAAUCCUAACAAUCUUUUAACUCCAAUCGGUGGUGAACCAAUUGUUCAAUUGCUUUUGGACUCUUUAAACUCGCUUCCCUUAACAACUGCCGGGGUGUUUUUCUUAAUUGCCACUUUUUACCUUUCGUUAAUCGGUUACGUUCUUUCCACUUCCCGUCUCUUUUGGGCCUUUGCCAAUUCUGAAGGUUUACCCUGGGGGAAAUCUUUUUUUGGCAAAAUUCACCCUUUUUGGAAAGUCCCCAUCAACUCUCUAGUACUCGUUCUUUUAAUCCUUCUAAUCUUGGGUUGCAUGAUCUUUGGCUCUUCUACCGCAUUAUCAGCAGUGUUAUCCUCCUCAAUGGUGUGUGUCAACUUAUCCUAUAUUGUCCCCAUUUCCUUAUUACUUUAUCGUUCCAAGCUUUCAACCUCUGUCUAUGCCCGUUUCUCAGAUCAAUACGGUGGGGCCAUCCCCUAUUUCAACUUGGGUCGUUUUGGUAUGCCUUUGAACAUCAUCGCAGUCUGCUGGGGCUGCUUCAUAAUGGUGUGGUUGAACUUCCCCUUAUACUAUCCUGUCACCUCCAGUAACAUGAAUUACGCCUGUGCAGUCUUGGGAAUCACCUUUUUGAUUGCCUUGAUCAUUUGGUUUACCCAUGCCAGAAAGCAUUUCGAGCAUAACUCAGACUUGAAGCACAUCUGACCGCAUCCCUCCUUCUUUUUCUUUUCAGUUCUACCUAUGUAUUCCUACUACUCCCGUUAAACCCUCUACACCGAAUAAAUAGAGUUAACUUUGUCAAAAAAGUAGAUUUUUCGC